AACCUUAGUGCCGAAGCAGCGGUUGACGGGGGUCAGUAUUAUGCACCGUACUCAAAAAUGUUUCUACCGGUAGCGUUGUACUGCUGUUGUGUUAUAAUUCUGUUCUAAAUAUAUUCAUUUAUCGAACAAAACUAAUCGCUUUAUCCCAAAGAAACAUUUAACAUUAAUUUUAUGAUGGAAGUGCUGAGCGAGGAGGCUUCCGGUGAGCAAUGCGUGAAGGAAAACGAAGAGGAAAGAGAGAAAAAUACGUCUCCUGAUACAGAGGAGGACAUGGAGAAUACAACUCAUGCUGACAUUUUGGACAUUUUCGAGGAGGGACUUGCUCACCUGGUUCAGGAUCCUUUACUUUGUGAUCUUCCAAUUCAGGUGACGCUAGAAGAAAUAAAUUCACAGAUUGCUUUGGAGUACGGCCAGGCCAUGACCGUGAGAGUUUUGAAGGCUGACGGUGAAAUAAUGCCCAUUGUGGUGGUGCAAGACGCCACAGUACUGGACCUGAAGAAAGCCGUUCGCAGGUUUGUGGAGCUGAAGCAGCAACGCGAGGGCAGCGUGAGGCACAUUAACUGGAGGUACGUCUGGAGAACGUACAAUUUAAUGUUUCAGUGGGAAAAGCUGGAGGACGACCGUGUGAGGAUAAAAGAUUACGGAAUCAGGAACAGAGAUGAGGUGACUUUCAUGAAGAGGCUGAGGAAAAAGUGACACUGAAGAUAAACUACAUGACUUAUAUAUUCAUAUGUAUAUGUUUAAUAUGUUUAAUAGCCACAAUUGAUGACGUGAUUUAAUAUUUGUCAAAUAUUUGUAAAUAUUGUAUGUAUUUUUUUUUUCAAAUUCAAAAAUAUUUUCACGUUUAAAACUUGUUACUCAAUACCGCCACCUGCUGGUGUGGAGGGUAAUAGCUCAUGUUGAGCUUGUGUUUGACUGAAGUGUACCUAAUUUUAUGCGUACUUAAUUGCUUGUACCUGAUGAUAAUUUAAUAAUAAAAGUGUACAU